AAUAGGAGUAGUAUCUAGAGAUAUAUUGGGGAAAUACGGUUUGAAAACAGAGAUAUAAAUCGUACUGGAGCUAUCAUAGUCAAGAAAGUAAACUUUAUUGAGUAUCUGCAACAACCUAUAGAAUAAAAAGAAAAAUUUCCUUUUGGACGCGAUUGAGAUUCCAGAAUGAUGUUUACACGAAGUGUGUAUGUAGGGCUACUUUACUGCGUUAGCAAUCUGAAGCUUGCAUUUGCCUCGUCAUAUUGCGAACCACUGCAACAAUUAAAUCACGGAAAAGUUCACUGCAGUAACACAUAUCCCUCAGUUGGAUCGUCUUGUAAUUUUGAAUGCAACAAUGGAUUUGAAUUGAUUCCUGCGGAAAAUAUUGAAGCCACUUGUGGAAUAAAUGGAAAAUGGACAAAAGAAAUGCCUUGUUGUAGAGGAUGUUCAACCGAUUUCAAAAAAGAUAUCGUUAUUGUGAUAGACUCAUCACUAUCAAUGAAAAAAGAAAAUUUUGUUACCAUGAAGAAUUUUAUUGCAAAUGUUAUUGGGUAUGGUAUACAGAUGUUUUAGUUAUAUAAUUGCAAUCUAAAAUAUUUAAUAAUUUUUUUUUCUAGAAAUCUGAUUGCAUCAAA